CUCUCACAUUUGUGUCCGACUACUCUUUUUACGUUCUAUCGUACGCUAGCUCUCCCUCUCCGACUCUACCUCCCUGUUCCGCCGUCUAUAAUUUCCCACGACCUGCCCACCCGUCAUCCGUUUUGCUUCCGAUCGCGCUCAACAUCUUCUCUCUCUCAGGCAUUAUUGUUCUAAGGCGCCACUUUCGAAGCAAAGCAAUGGCCACAUUGGAUUCUGAUGUCCCGAUGGUUCCGGUAGGUGAGGGUUCGAGCAGUGCAGGUUCUUCGACCAAGAAGCCCAAGCGGUUUGAGAUCAAGAAGUGGAAUGCUGUCGCUCUAUGGGCCUGGGAUAUUGUUGUUGAUAACUGUGCCAUUUGCAGGAACCAUAUCAUGGAUCUCUGCAUUGAGUGCCAAGCAAACCAGGCAAGCGCGACGAGUGAAGAAUGUACAGUUGCUUGGGGGGUUUGCAACCAUGCAUUUCACUUCCACUGCAUAAGCCGAUGGCUCAAGACACGCCAAGUGUGUCCGUUAGAUAAUAGCGAGUGGGAAUUUCAGAAAUAUGGUCAUUAGAAGCGUCAUGUGGCCGAGUAUUGGAUCUUCCCGGCAAUUGCUCAAGUGCUGCUUCUUCCCCAAACUAACUGCUGUGGCGACGUCGACAAGGGUGUCUGAUUCUGGAUUAGUCUGAUUGUGAUUUCCUACAAUCAAAUUUGAAACUGCCUUCCCUUGUUAUUACCCAUUAAGCAUUAAGAAUUAAGACUAUCAUGCUUGUAUCCUAUUAGCAUUAAGUAUUAAGCUACAUCUCAUUUCUCAGUAUACGUCUGUUGGGAUAAUUAUUGUAUCUUAUGCAUGUUUGCUUCAUUUUCAAGGCUUGUUCGA